CCUAAUCUAAGCCCGAAUCUCAACUACGUUUGCAAAAUGUGUUAUAUGUAAAAUUACAUGACGUUUGGCUAAAUACGAAACAUUCAAAAUGGCGGCCAUUUCGAAGGAAGAGUAUUUAAAACGUUAUUUAUCAAGCGAUAAUAGCAGUGUGAAAAAGAAAAGAAGAAAAAUAAAGACAGGUGUAAAAAAAGGGAAGUCCAUAAUUAUUGACGACGAUGUGAAUUUAGGUGAUAUUGCCUUGACGCGCGAUACAAACAAUGAAGAGUUAGACUUGCUAGAAGUUGGAGAUGAAAACCCUCUUAUAUUCAAUGAAGCUGGGACAACAGUGCUUUCGAAGGACUUGGAUUCCAUUAAAAAAAAGGAAGAGGAAAGGAAAGCUAUGUGGGCUCCUAUUAACAAUGUUCCCCUUGGGAGUAAGCGAAGAACAUUGCCUUCCAAUGCAGAAAGAGAAGUUAUUCUGCUGAAUGAAAGGUGUAGUAGAGAAUCUAGCCAAGGAAGAAAUGACUCAUUUGAUGAAUCACCGCCUCAGCAUAAAAGACAUGACUCACCAGACCAAUCACCCCCUCGAAGAAAAAGACAUGACUCACCAGAUCAAUCACCUCCUCUAAGAAAAAGACAUGACUCACCAGAUCAAUCACCACCUCGAAGAAAACAUGACUCACCAGAUCAAUCACCACCUCGAAGGAAAAGACAGGACUCACCAGAUCAAUCACCACCUCGAAGGAAAAGACAGGACUCGCCAGAUCAAUCACCACCUCGAAGGAAAAGACAUGACUCACCAGAUCAAUCACCACUUCGAAGGAAAAGACAUGACUCACCAGAUCAAUCACCACCUCGAAGGAAAAGACAUGACUCACCAGAUCAAUCACCACCUCGAAGAAAUAGACAUGACUCACCAGACCAAUCACCACUUCGAAGGAAAAGACUUGACUCACCAGAUCAAUCACCACCUCGAAGGAAAAGACAGGACUCACCAGACCAAUCAUCACCUCGAAGGAAAAGACAUGACUCACCAGAUCAAUCACCACCUCGAAGGAAAAGACAUGACUCACCAGACCAAUCACCACCUCAAAGGAAAAGACAUGACUCACCAAAUCAAUCAGCACCUCAAAGGAAAAGACAUGACUCACCAGACCAAUCACCACCCAGGAAAAGACAUGACUCACCAGACCAAUCACCACCUCGAAGGAAAAGACAUGACUCACCAGACCAAUCACCACCUCGAAGGAAGAGACAUGACUCACCAGACCAAUCACCACCUCAAAGGAAAAGACAUGAGUCAACAGACCAAUCACCACUUCGCUGGAAAUUGGGAGAUUACGAAAGAGAUCAGUCACCCAUAUGUAAGACAAGAGUCAGUGAAAGAGGAGCAAAAAGUGAAGAAAGACGCCAUGUAACUUCUUCACCGGAGAGAAAGCCGAACAAUGCCAAGCGGAAGGCUGGUUUACAUUCUGCUUCUGAAUUACGCCAAGAAAAUGACAGAAUGAAGAAACGAGAGGAAGAAAUGUUUGCCAAAAUGAAUGUAAGCACCACUGGCAAAGGUGCUAAGACCAUUCAUCGUGAUAAAUCUGGAAAGAAACGAGAUUUGAAAGCUGAAGAGGCGAAGAAAAGGGAGGAAGAGAGACAGAAAAAAGCAGAGAACGAGAAGUUUGUGCAAUGGGGAAAAGGCGUACAGCAGACGAAACAGGCGAAAAAUAAAGUUGAAGAUGACUUUUAUGAAAUGAGCAAGCCUUUGGCUCGAUAUAGGAAUGACGAGGAUCUUGAUAGGAUGCUAAAGGAUAGAGAAAGAGCAGAGGAUCCGAUGCUCGCUUUCGUCACUAAGAAGAGAGCGAGACAGGAUAUUUUGGCUGGAAAGAAAUCAAAACCGAAAUAUAAUGGGCCCGCUCCGCCGCCUAAUAGAUUCAACAUCCCUCCUGGUUAUCGCUGGGAUGGUGUAGACAGAUCCAAUGGUUUCGAGAAGAAGCGAUUUUCGAUGCUGGCAAAUAAGGGUGCGACAAGAGACGAGGCAUUUAAGUGGAGCACAGAGGAUAUGUAACUGUGGAUAUACUGGGAUAUACGUGUACAUGUAUGUAGGUAAUGGAUGGAAAAACCCGUGUAGUGUACACGGUGACAGACCUACCUGUCGAAAAUCGUGCAUUCUCAAUCAUUGUACGAGGAAGUGUAUACGAUGAUUGUGUUUUAUUUUAAAAUAGGAGACAUUGUUUUGAAGACAUUUGUAAAUGAAAUUCUUUUUAUACUUGGCGCCCGUGUUGAAAAAAUGUAGCAUAAAGAAAAUUUUUUUACGUGGAUAGAAAGAAUUUAAAAGCAA